AAGAAGAUGGGAAAGGAGGAAAUAAACGAGAAGCUUUUGCAAAAGAAUUCAUCAGUUGGGAAAAGGGUAUGGAAAGAGAGCAAGAAGAUGUGGGUAGUGGCAGGGCCAGCCAUAAUGUCAAGGUUCUCAACAUUUGGUAUAACUGUGGUUAGUCAAUCCUUCAUUGGUCAUAUUGGUUCCACUGACCUUGCUGCCUUUACACUUGUCAUGACUUUACUAGUCAAAUUUGCAAAUGGUGUUUUGCUAGGUAUGGCAAGUGCAUUGGAAACUCUAUGUGGGCAAGCAUAUGGAGCCAAAAAAUAUGAGAUGCUUGGAAUAUAUCUCCAAAGAUCAUGGAUAAUCUUGUUCAUGACCUCACUACUCCUUCUUCCAAUUUUCAUCUUCACAGCACCACUCUUAAAGUUUCUAGGCCAAGAAAAAACCAUUGCUGAAGUGGCAGGAAGCAUUUCACUAUGGUCAAUUCUUGUGGUAUUUUCAUUCUUAGUUUCAUUCACAUGCCAAAUGUUCCUCCAAGCACAGAGCAAGAACAAGAUCAUUGCAUACCUUGCAGCACUUUCAAUCUCAACUCAUAUUUUUCUAUCAUGGCUUUUGACUGUGAGGUAUAAGCUUGGGCUUAAUGGUGCAAUGAUUUCAACAGUUUUGGCAUAUUGGAUACCUAAUUUGGGCCAGCUUGUUUACAUCAUGAGGAAUUGUCCUCAAACUUGGAAAGGUUUCUCAUUUUUGGCAUUUAAGGAUCUUUGGCCUCUUGUCAAGCUUUCUCUCUCUUCUGGGGCUAUGAUGUGCCUUGAGAUAUGGUACAAUGCAGUCUUGAUCCUUCUAACAGGGAACAUGAAAAAUGCUGAGGUUUACAUUGAUGCACUAUCCAUAUGCCUCAACAUCAAUGGAUGGGAAAUGGUGAUAGCCCUUGGUUUCUUUGCUGCAGCUGGUGUGAGGGUGGCAAAUGAACUUGGAAGAGGGAGUUUAGAGGGUGCAAAAUUCUCCAUUGUAGUGACAGCAGUGACAUCAUUUUGCAUUGGCAUUGUGCUAUUCUUUGUAUUCCUUUUGCUGAGAGAAAGAGUUGCAUACGUUUUCACUCCAAAUUCAAUGGUGGCUGAAGCAGUUGGGGAAUUAUCACCUUUACUCGCUUUCUCUAUCUUGUUGAACAGUCUCCAACCUGUGCUCUCCGGAGUUUCUGUUGGAGCUGGGUGGCAGAGUGUUGUAGCAUAUGUAAACAUAGGUUGCUAUUACCUAAUUGGUAUUCCUGUUGGAGUGCUGCUUGGUAAUUUUCUCCAUUUGAAAAUCAAGGGUAUUUGGAUCGGAAUGCUGUUUGGAACAUUUGUGCAAACGAUAAUGCUUAUUACAAUCACAAUGAAAACAGAUUGGGACAAGCAAGUAGAGAUAGCUCGAAAUCGUGUUAACAAAUGGACUAUAAUCGAAGAGAACGAAGAACCCUGCAACAAUCGUCGUCAUUACUGCUACUGGAAUCUUCAUGGAAGCCUCCAUUGUGCCGCCGCUAUUGGUGUCCCUUGCCAUCAAUCGGAGGUUGUCACCAUCACCGUGGCUGAGGUCCAUCGCGCCAAGGUUUCACUGCUGCCUCCAGUCACCACCACACUUCCACCAUUCUGCAUCUACCUUCAGACAUAA